CAAACGCUACAGCUUGUGUAUAGUGUUAAGAGAUUGGAGCUUUUUCUCGAGCACUUCUCUUUUGCUUUCCUCCAUUGAAGCAGCUACUCUAAAUUCUCCGUUCAAGAGGCUACUCUGUGAGCUUUCUCUCUCUCCUCCAUUGAAGCAGCUUCUCAGUUGAGAUGCCGAAAGUGAAGACGAAUCGUGUGAAAUACCCAGAAGGUUGGGAAUUAAUUGAACCAACACUUCAGGAGCUAGAAUCUAAGAUGAGAGAAGCUCAAAUGGAUUCUCAUGAUGGAAAGAGAAAGUGUGAAACAUUGUGGCCAAUUUUCAAAAUUGCUCACCAGAAGAGUCGUUACAUUUAUGAUCUUUAUUAUAGAAGAAGUGAGAUUUCCAAAGAGCUCUAUGAGUUUUGUUUGGACCAAGGCUAUGCUGAUAGAAACCUUAUUGCUAAGUGGAAGAAGCCAGGAUAUGAGCGUCUGUGUUGCCUGCGUUGCAUACAACCACGAGACCAUAACUUUGGCACAACUUGUGUUUGUCGAGUGCCCAAGCAUCUGAGGGAGGAGAAAGUGGUAGAAUGCGUUCACUGUGGAUGUAGGGGUUGUGCUAGUGGGGAUUAAGCUGCAAUCCUAGGCUCUGGGAUGUUUAGCACUAUGUUGUAACUGUUUGCACAACCAAUGACUAAUUUUGCUAUCUUGAUAUAGCAUCAUGCUUUGAUUAUUUAGGUUAUGUCUAGUACAUCUAAGACAAAUUUAUCUGUGAAAGUGAUUUGUAAGGUAUGUCAUGACCUACCAAAAACUCAUCAAAACAAAUGGGAAUAUGAGAUAGUGAUUUGCACACAGGAUUUGGUAA